CGGUAUUGGUCCAUUAUCUAGGGAGCUCCCAGUUACAUAGUUUGUGUUGUAUAACACAAGUAAAAGAUUUGCUGGUACGUGACAUAACAAUGUGAGUAGAGUGUAAGUAAUGGAGCCUCCCAGGGCCUCAGGUUUGUCAUAAAUUAGUGGAACAUGGAGAACAAGGACCCCAGUGUAGUGACAACAGUGAUGAAGGUUUUAUCUGCUGCUGCUGCUGGUGGUGGUGCUGUUGGUGGUGCACAAUAUUACUGACAUAUUACCUGCACUCUGCUACACUGACUCAACCUAUACCACCCCCUCCAUAUUUGACAUUUUGACUGAGUUACCAGCAAGGAAGGAAAGAGAGAAGAGCAGGUCAUCCUUUCACCAAAACAAGUACUGCAACAGUGCCAAGACUCAAUAACAUAAGCUCUUGUAUGUGGCAGCAUCACCAGAAGAAUUAUUGCAAUGGUGCCAAGACCCAGUGCUAUUAAUGCUAUGAGGGUGACGGAAAUACUGUGGUUUUAAUGGUGCUGGCAGUUAUUGUGAUACAGCUGGCUAUAUUCAGAUAUACUAUAUGUUAAGUGUCACUACAUGGUAUUUUGAAGUUUGGCCAUACAGCAUCUUGUGGAGGCAGCUUCAUUAAUGAAAAUAUUGCUGUGCAACUUGGUUAUUUACUACAGUUAUUGAUAAUUCAUCUGAAGUGCUCUAUAUGCAUUAUCUACAGUUCUACAUGUAGUUCACUAAAAACCAUCUAGAUUCAAGAGUAAUUUAUUUUAAUUAAUAUUUUGACUUCUUGUACAGCAUGUACAAAUAUUCCAGAGGUUGUGUAAGAUUUAUUAUAUUUGGAUAAUUAACAGGGAUUUAACCAUUAAUUUAUAAGUGCAUGUAAUUGAAAUUGCUUUAUACUGUGUAUUCAGUGUCCAAAAAAAAUGUGACAUAGGUAUUCUAAAUGAAACCUAUUUAACCACAUCUGUAAUAUUAAUUCUCUACUUCAUUUUAUUUUCUCACAAUUAGAUGCCUACAUUCACAUGAAAAAAAUUCUUGUCGAUCAUAUUUAUUUGCAAUAUUAUUGCCAUUUUUCAUCAUCCACUUGCUGUGUGAGUUUCUGACUCAUUGAAGUUUUACCUUGAAAUGAAUACAUAAAAGUUUCCUGGUGUAUACUGACAUUAAGACUACAUACAUUAUUGCUCCAAAAACAGAGACAGAUGAAUUAAUUACCUUCAUCAUUUUGUAAACAGAAAAGUUGAUCAUAGAGUAAGCAUCGGUAGUGAAGCGAUGGACAUCAAUCUAGAGUCUGUUAUAUAGAUUGUGAACCUGUAUGACUCUUGUAUGUGCGUGUUUACUCUGAAGAGUAACUAUACUUGGGUAUUGACCCUCUUAUUCCCCUCUCCUGUCUUUUCCUAUACAUAUUAGCCAUUCCCCACCAAGGUAUGGUAACCCAAGAGGCAACUCAUUUGCCUUCAGUCGUUCAGUAUUGAACUUCCCUCUGAAGCAUAACGUAAAAGCAAGUUCUCAGAACUAAUAAAUAACAGUAAUGUACAAGAUGUAAUUUUUUAGCAUUUUCUUGAUAUCUGUAUGCAAAUGUUUCUACAGUAAAUAAAAGUUUCAUUCAAAAGUUCGUAGAUAAAAUAAUUACUAUUCAUUGUGUCUUUUAAAAUUAAACUUGAGAAUUUAUAUACACAAGUAGUCAGAACACACGACCUUGUUUUUUAAAACCUUUUUUAACAAUGAUUACAUUUAUAACAUCAUUUUGAAAUUCAUGCUUAAGAGUUUAUUUAACUGUUCAGAAGUCUACAACAAUCUACAAUGCAUUUUAUAAAAGAAGAGCCGAGUGAGAGUCCACCUGAGACUCCAGAAACUAAACCAGUCUUUGAAUUACAGUCAUCUCUAAUAAAACAAAUAAGAGUUCACACAGAAGUGAAGCCACAUCAAUGUUCGGUAUGUCUGCAAGAUUUCACGCAGAAAUCGCAUGAAAUGAAACACUCGGGAGUUCAUCUAGAAAAGAACUCUCUGAAAUCACACCAGUGUUUAUUGUGUUCAAAGUCAUUUACAAAAGAUGAAAAUUUACAAAAGCACUUGGAAAAGCACACAGGAGGAAAGCCGUAUACUUGUUCAAAAUGUCAAAAACGUUAUUUAAAGAGAGGAAGCUUAAUACGUCAUCUAAGAAAUCACCCAGGAGAAAACCCGUGGCAGUGUAUAGUGUGUGUGAAAGACUUUUCAACUAAAGAUGCUCUAAAACGACACAUGAGAAUUCAUACAGGAGAAAAACCAUACCAGUGUUCUGUGUGCCAAAGAGAUUUUUCAGAUAAAUCAGUCUUAGUAAGACACAUGAAAGUUCAUACAGGAGAGAAAGCCUUUGAGUGUUUAUUGUGUAACAAGCAAUUUAUUCAAGUAUCUUGUCUAAAACAGCAUCUAAAAGUUCAUGCAGAAGGGAAAUUUCAUCAAUGUUCAGUGUGUGCAAAAACAUUUUCAAAUAAAUCUCAACUAGACCGACACUUGAUAUAUCAUGCAGGAGGGACACCAUAUAACUGUGCAGUGUGUUCAAAAGGAUUUUUAAGUAAGACAAAGCUAGCAAGACACACCAGAAUUCAUACAGGAGAAAAGCCUUUUCAGUGUUCAAAGUGUCAGAGAAGUUUUUCAGAUAAAUCAAUUCUUGUACGACACAUGAUUGUUCACUCUGAUGAAAGAUAUCCCUGUUCGGUGUGCUCAAAAGAUUUCUCACGGAAAUCUCUUCUUGAUCAGCACCUGCGAGUUCAUACAGGAGAGAAACCAUUUCAUUGUUCGGUAUGUCCAGAGCGUUUUAUAAAUAAAGGAAGGCUAAUAAGGCACAUGAGAAUUCAUACAGGAGAAAAGCCAUUUAAGUGUUCGGUAUGUCUAAAAGCCUUUGCAGAGAAACCCGUUUUAAUACGUCACAUGAGAGUUCAUACAGGUGAGAAACCAUAUCAGUGUUCUGUGUGUUCCAAAAAAUUUUCACAGAAAAUACAUCUAGAACAGCACAUGAAUGUUCAUAGAGGAGGGAAGCCAUACAACUGUUCAGUGUGUGUAAAAGGCUUCUUGCAUUUAACAAGUCUAAAACGACAUGUUAGACGCCAUGUAGGAGAAAAGCCAUACCAAUGUUCAGUUUGUCUAAGAAACUUGUCAGAUAGCACGAGUCUAAUACAGCACAUGAAAAUUCAUGGAAAAAAGAAAAAUCAGUGUUCAUUGUGCUCAAAUAAAACUUCCCAGAUAGAUCUAAAAAAGCAGUUAAAUGCUAGUGCACGAAGGAAAAUAUACAAGUGUCCAGUGUGCAAAAAAUAUUUCCUCAAUAAAGCCAGCCUAACACGACAUAAGAAAAGCCACAUAGAGGAAAAACUGUUUCAGUGUUCGGUUUGUCUGAAAGAUCUGUUAGAUAGUACAAGUCUAAUAAAACACAUGGUAACUCAUAAAACAAAUAAACCACACCAAUGUUCAGUGUGUUUAAAGAACUAUUCAGAUAAAUCUGGUCUACAAGAACACAUGAAGACUCACACAGAAGAUAAAUUCCAGUGUUCAUUGUGUCAAGAAGACUUUGAAGAUAAGUCAGCUCUGGAACAGCAUACUAUAGUUCAUACACAAGUGAAAUCAGAGGUGACUUCAGACUGGGUGGAAGAUGUUAUAGGUAAAAAGGAAGAUGUUACAAGUAAAAAGGAAGAAGUUACAGGUAAAAAGGAAGAUUUUAAAGGUGAAAAGGAAGAUUUUAAAGGUAAAAAGGAAGAUUUUAAUGGUAAAAAGGAAGAUAUUACAGUUCAUACAGAAGAGAAACUUGAGAAUUCAAGGUGUAUAGGGGAUUCUGAAAGUAAAAAUAAAUAUUCUACAGUUCAAGCAGAAGACAUGGUAUUCCAAUGUUCAGUUUGUUUACAGAACUUUUCAGAUGAAACUCUUAUAGAACAUGUGAAAAUUCACUCACAUGAAAAAUGCAAUAAAUGUGUGGAAGACUUAAACGAUAAAAAAGAUGAAGAUGAAGACAUGACAAUUCAGGCAGAGGAUAUAUUAUACCAGUGUUCAGAGUGUCAGACAGAAUUUUCUGAUAAAGAAAUGAUCAUGCAACACAUGAAAGUUCAUACAGAAGAAAAUCUUGAGGCCAGUUCAGUGUGUGUAGGAGAUUUUAAUGGUACAGAGGAGCACACAACACUUUAUACAGAAGAUAUAUUAUAUCAGUGCUCAGGGUGCCUAAAAGAGUUCACAGAUGGGAAAAUGCUCAUGGAGCACAUGAAAGUUCAUGCAGAAGGGAAUCCUGAAGAGAGUUUAGGAAGUGUAACAGAUUUUCAAAGUAAAGAGGAACAAGUGGAAUUUCCUACAGAAGAUAUAUUAUAUCAGUGUUCAGUGUGUCAAAAAGAAUUUACUGCUGAAAAAAUCCUCAUGGAACAUAUGGCAGUGCAUACAGAUGAGAAACCUUUCAAAUGUUCAGUGUGCCUGAAAGAGUUUCCAGAAAAAGGAAGUUUAGAACAACACAUGAAAGGUCAUGGAGGAGGGAGACCAUAUAACUGUUCAGUGUGUUUAAAAAGUUUUUCAACUAAAGCUUGUGUAAUGCGACACAUGAGAGUUCACACAGGAGAAAAGCCAUAUCAGUGUGCAGUGUGUCUAAAAUACUUUACAGAUAAAGCAGUUGUAAUACGACACAUGAGACGUCAUACAGGAGAAAAACCGUAUCAGUGUUCAGUGUGCCUGAAACGCUUUACGCAAAAUUCACAUCUGAAGCACCACAUGAAAAACCAUCCAGGGGAAGAUGUAGUGAAAUUGCAUAAAUGUUUAGUGUGUUCUAAGAGAAUUUCUCUAGAAAAUUUAGAACAGCACUUGAGAGUUCAUUUAGGAGAUAAAUUAUAUAACUGUCCACUGUGUCAAAAAGGCUUCGCAAGUAAUGCCAGUCUAAUAAGACAUAGAAAAGUUCACACAGGAGAGAAGCCACAUCAGUGUUCAGUGUGUUUCAAAUUAUUUUCAAGAAACUCUCAUCUUAAACAACACUACAAAAUUCAUACUGGGGAGAAACCAUACGAGUGUUCUGUGUGUUUAACACGAUAUAUACAAAAAAUACAGCUUCAACAACACAUGAGAGUUCACACAGGAGAGAAACCAUUUAACUGUUCAGUGUGUCUAAAAGACUUUAGAUUCAAGGCAAGUCUUAAAAAACACAUGAGAGUUCAUGCAAGAGAGGCAUCCCAGAAAGUUUUGCAGAAAUCAAAUCUUGACAAGAACUCAGGCAGUCAUAAAGAUGGCAUGGCAUAUAAAUGUUCAAUGUGUUCCAAAGGGUUUUCAAAUAAAGCCAGUCUAAAUCGUCACAUGAAAGCUCAUGAGGAAGAAGAAAAACGUAAUUGUAUUCGUCAUCUACAAGAGAUCUUGAACAAAUAAAAUACUGAGCAAAAACCCAUUAUUUAAGUACGUAAUGUAGUAAAGUCAUUGUUGAGCUCGUAAAAUGUAAUUCAGCAUUAUUUUGAGAAAGAAGAUUACUGAGUUUUUUAAUGAUAUGAGAGUUAGUCUAAAAACAAAGAUGGUAAUUUCAUGGGGUGAGCCUCCAGCAAGGUCAAGUUUCUGACUUGUUUUGGUUGACCUGUUCUUUGUUCUGGAAUUGCUAGCAUAGACUUGCUAACAGCAGAGGCUCCAUCUCUCCUUCAGCAGGCAUUGAGAGCCAAUUGGGUUUUUUCUCAGUUGUUUGAAAAGUUAUUUUGUGAAAGACACACAGGUCAGAAAUUAUUUAUGUCAUUUCUUUCUUCAUUUAUUAUUUUAGUUAUGGAAUGUACAAAUCUUAACACUUUUCAUAGUUGAUAAUUUUAUUUUUUUUUUCUGAAAAAUAGAUAAGCUUGCAAACUUAAGAUUUUCUAGAGUAAUUGUUGCUCAGUUCCAUGAGAACUUUGAUGAAACUUCUCACAAACAUUAAACAAGCCUGCUAGCCUGAUCUUCUCUAAAGUUACUGCUGUUAGUUUCAUGAGUAACUUUGAUCACACUUCUCUGAAACAGUACAUGUGUGUGCCAAUUCCUACAUCUUCACUGGUAUUGUUUAAUAUAAUAAUAUUACAUCUCUAAAAUCUUGAUAUCACUCAUUGUGGAGUGCAGGUAAUAACCCCACAUAGAUUUGGAAUGUUUUGUUAAAAUAAUACCAACAAUCAGGUAACUGAGUUUUUAUUUCACCAGAAGCUCAAGCGAGAGGUUGCAAGGCUUGCAUCACAUGGAGCUCAAGUGACAGGUUAUCAAGGCUUGCAUCAGAUGGAGCUCAAGUGACAGGUUAUCAAGGCUUAGCAUCAGAUGGAGCUCAAGUGACAGGUUAUCUUAGUCUCUUGUGCCAACUGAAAUUCACUUAACAUUGCAUAUAUUUGUUAAUUUCUCUGUGCUUUUGUUGGUACAGUGUUUACUGUAUCUGUAAUAUGUGAUGUAGUACUCAAGUUUGUAUUUUCAUUUGCUUACCAGUAACUCAUUAAUUAAAUUACAGCAGUUAUUUUAUUGUUUAAAAUACACUCUUUGCCUUUCUUGCAUCUUUUUUGUAGUUUUUUUGUAUAAUUAUGAAAAUAAAUGCUUCAAAAUUA